GUGGUCUGUCCACGUCAGUUCGUCGUUUCGUGUAUGGAUGUUUCGUGACAUAACCUAUAAAGUGGUCUGUCUUCGAAACACCGUAGCGAGACGUUCACGCAGAUGACAAGUUAUUUGCACAUUCCCUAGCAUAAAUAAGAGUGCAGCGAAAUGCAUUGGAUGUUGUGUGCAUUGAUCAUCGGAUCAUUCGGAUGCAAAUACAUACAUGCUCAAGCGCAAAGAGUCGCGCCGGGCGUGCCGCCACAGCAUUAUCAGCAGCCUGUUCAAGCGCCACCACCACAACACAUUCCACAACAGCAACAAUAUCAACAAGUACCCAUGCAACAACAGCAAGUACCUAUGCAACAGCAGCAGGUUCCUGUUCAGCAAGUACCCAUGCAACAAGUACCUAUGCAACAACAGGUACCUAUGCAACAAGUACCUGUUCAACAGCAGCCACCAGUUCAACAAGGACAUGGACAUGGGCAUGGGCAUGGGCCUGGACAAGGGCAACCUCAAAUACUUAAUGCUGCUAAUAUAGCUCAUGAGAAAGAACACAUCGCAGAACAUGCUGAUGUACCAAUAGAUACAAGCAAGAUGACAGAUCAGGAGUUACAGUUCCACUAUUUUAAAAUGCAUGACGCGGAUAACAACAAUAAGUUGGAUGGUUGCGAACUGAUCAAGUCUCUUAUUCAUUGGCAUGAACAAGGGAAUACAGAGUCUGGUGGAAUUCAAGGUCAUAAAAUAUUCACUGAUGAUGAGUUAGUACAAUUGAUAGAUCCAAUACUUAACAUGGAUGAUGCUAAUAAUGAUGGCUACAUCGAUUAUCCUGAAUUUAUUCAAGCCCAACAGAAUGCUGCGGCUAACUCGCGUGUAUAAUGGUACAAUCCGUGUGAACUGGAAACUUAAAGAACUUUUGUAAAGACUAUAUAAUGAGGAAUCUCAUUAUAUUAUUAAUGUUCUGCGAUGCUCAUUUGUCAUAUCGUUAUUAUACAUUUAUAUAUGUAUGAUAAUGCAUAUAUUACGUCGAAUUCUGUUGGUAUUUGUGAUAAUCUUUUCACUCACUCGAUUAUAAUUAUACAUAAUAAGAAAAAGGAAAAACUUAGAUUUUUUAUGUAAUAUCGAUAACAGAUAUAUUCGCACGAAACUGUCAUAUAAAAUAUAAUUAAAAACGAUUUAGAAUAUCCUAAAAUUCUCC